GGGCGCUGAGAGUACCAGAAGGACUUUAAAGGCUUUGUAAUUAGAAUCGCAGAAUCAUUAAGGUUGGAAAUGACCUCUAAGAUCAUCUAGUCCAACCAUCAAAUUGGUAGUGCCAUCCCAAAUUUUCUUGCUGUGGUUUGGCCUUUGCUGCAGUAGGGAGCUGCAAGGUUGGGCUGAACCAUGUGUGUUCCAUGUUGUCUCAACUGCCUCAGACUGGUGGAAGUGCUUGCUCUGCUCCACCACCAAGCCAACGUACACAAACUGAGUGUAUAUAGGCACAAGGUGCUGUGGUGUUCCAGCUAUGAGCAGCAGCCAGGUGCUAGGACCGUCUAGACAAAAGCUGCGAAAGUCUUCAGCCCUAUAAGUGCUAAUAAAAACACUAUACCUGCUUUGAAGGUUGUGAAAGACACUCCCUGUACAGCCUGUGGAUUAGCCAAGGAACAGGUAGAGGAAAGGAAUGGGAAGUAGAAAAGGAGGAAGGGAAAAAGAAGAAGAGCGUAGAAGAAUUCCUACACAGACCUGCUUGUGGAAUAGUUGCGUGCCUGACUUGUAGAUAUCCUCUCCAAUCAGUGCACCAGAAAUAGUCCUAAAAUAGUAAGACUUGGGUGGUACAGUACGUGAUGGUGGGAGAGAAGAGCUUUGGCUGCCUGUGUUUUCUUUAGAGUUCUUAGAUGUGGAUGCGUCUCUUACUCGUUUUCUUUUCAUAGUUUGUCUAUAUAAAACUCAUGUGGUUUAUUUUAGAUCUUAGACUGUCUGUCAAAGAGCUGGUAUUAUCUCACAGCAUACUACAGAUUGACAGCAACCCACUCAAAAACUGUCGUUUUUGAGUAAUGUGGGAUAUAUAUAUAUAUGUAUAUAUAUAUAUUUGAAUAAUGUGUGAUCUGGGAAAUGAGAAUGUAACUAAACUUUGUCUGCUUUCAUGUUGCCUUGGAGUAUGAUUUCCUUGGAGGUGAUGGGCUUGUAGUGGUGAGCAGUGCUGGCCUGGGAAGAUCUCUGCACCAAGGGUUCCUAUGGUUAUAGCUAGACCCCUGCCAGCAUUCAGCUCUUGGUCUCUGCAGACCACGGCCGCCCUCACUGCCCAUGGUGACUGCUGCCUGCUGCCAUCUCCAUCUCAGACAGCUGCAAUGCCCUGCUUGCUUCUGCUGCUGGGUGGGGAGGGCUUGUUCAGGGUUUGUGCUUCUGUGAAUACUCUCCUACAGAGCUGGAGGUCUGAGGCUGGGAGGUGCUGCAGGAAAUGUGUCCUCUAAAUAAUUCAGGAGGUGGAGCUGUGCUGCCUAGCCACACUGAGCAAACAUUGCUGAGAACACGCUGUACUGUGCAGGAGGGUCUGAUUUUUUUUUUCAGGUUAAAAUACGUCCAGGCUGCUGAGGAUCUUAGAAGACCUUUCUUUUACAGUCUUGCUUUAGGUGGCAGGUGGAGGGGAAUGAAGAUAAUUAGCACAGCCCAAUCUUGAGCCCAAGUUCUUUACCUGCCCCUGUGGCUGUGCGUUGCAUAUGUGCUCACCAUGGAGCACAAAGCUCCGCUAACAGGAGUUGGAGCAUUUAUCUGCAGAUUAAGGGAAGAUAUGUUGCAGUUGUGUAACAAAAAUAAGAUCGGAGUAAACACAGGAAAAAGAAACCUGGCCAUGCCCGGUUAUGGCUGCACUUGUAUAGCAUUAGCUGUGUGCUGUCCCCGUGGUUUGAAGGAGAGGGAAGUGGGGAAGUAAGAAAUGAAUUAGGAUGUCUUUUAAAAUAAAUGCCUUUAAAAAGCAGGCUUGAUCAAAUGUGUAAUGUUAAACUUCGAGCAUUAAUCAUUAUUCUAUUGCGGAUUCUAUUGCAGUACAUCCCUACAGGGCAGACUAAAGGUUAUUUGACUGUCCAUCUGCUUCCCACUGCAAGCAGCUUAAUUAUCACAUCGUUUUCUCAACUGUUGUUUUCUUUAAAAACAAGAGAUUUAAGUGAAUGUUAACUAUGUGGCAAGCCUGAGGAAUCUGUCUUUCUCUAAUAAAAUGGUUUUGAGCCAAAAUCUGACAGAAGCACGGAUCUCCUUAGAGGUCCAUUUCAUUCCAAACUGAAGAGCUCUUGAAAUGCUGUGACUUGAGAGAUGAUUCAUCUGGGUGGCAGAGAGGAGCCAUGUGUCCAGGACAGGCCUGGCGUGACUUGAUGCAUCUGACACCCCUUCAGCUCAAUGUUUGUGCUCAGGGCUGUGCUGGCUGUGACCACACAUGAAGUUACCAGGCUUGGUUCAUACGUGCCUACGCUGGGGACCCUUCAGGAGCAUCACUUCAGGUAGCGUGUGAGCAGCAAAGCUUCAGUUAUCCACAUCUAAGAGAGACCCAUCUCAAAAUACACACCAGCUUUUUCAGUUAAUGUAUAGGUAAUGAGUUGCAAUAGCACUUUGGUGCUGUGGGUCUUUCAAGAGGAGAGCUGCUUACACAACGCCAGAGCUGUAUUUUGCCUGCUGAAGUAUCUUUGUGACUCUUGCUUUUUGGCUUGCUGAUUCCCCCAGUUUUGGCAGGAGGCAGCAGAGAUCAAAGUACGACCUGUACUUACUCAGAGCAGAGCAACUAAAUAACUGUGCAGAUUGAAUUAAGGACUGCUCAUACCGCUGUGGUUAUACCUCCGUGUGCUCCAGUGUCUCAUCUGGAUAGCAUGCUUCCCCACGGAUUAACAUUCUUCCGUUUGUGAGCUGCCCUCAUGAUCGCACACAACGCUGUCAGAAUUUCUCCUUGCAUCCCUGCAGCUGUGCAGCAGAUGGAAGGCCUGGUCCGAAAGUGUCCUGUGUGCCCUAGGCGAGAGCAGGGCGUUUUGUUUAGGCCAGAAGUGAUGGGCUGAUCUUCUGGCCUCGUCCCUCUGUCCCACGGUGUCUGUGCUGUGCCCUUUGGUCAUGGCUGUGCCUGUGCAGAUCUGUCCUUGUCAGGCAUAUCCUGGAGUGUUGGUAACACAUUGCUGCAGGUGGCCCUUUGUUCUGUCUCCUGACAGCAUGCAGGCAUGGAGGUGUUCCUGUGACUCACACUGCCCUAUUCUAUAGGGGACAAGGACAAGGAAACCUGCAUGGGUGUCAACAAUCAAAGUUACAUAUGUGAAACGGGCCACUGUUGUGGACAGUCCCAGUGUUGCAACUACUACUAUGAACUCUGGUCCAGCGUUGCAGCUGUACCCAAACUUCUGGCUAGGGCACGUUACAGAGCCUUUUAUGGACUCCCAGCACCGCUCUGGGCACGCAACCAGACCUGCUCCAUCUCCUGGCUCUGGCUUCUCUGCUCAAGCAACAGGGUUUUGGCUGGUGUGGACCAUCAUCAUCAUCCUCAGCUGCUGUUGUGUUUGCCACCACCGCCGCACCAAGCAUCGUCUGCAGGCCCAGCAGCGGCAGCAUGAGAUCAACUUGAUUGCUUACCGGGAAGCCCACAACUAUUCAGCCCUGCCGUUUUAUUUCCGGUUUCUGCCAAAUUAUUUACUACCUCCCUACGAGGAAGUGGUGAACAGACCGCCGACCCCCCCACCGCCAUACAGUGCCUUACAUCAGCAGUGCGUCCCAGCAGGCAGCAGUAGCACAAUCCCAGACACGCCGAGAAACCUGCAGCCAGCACAGAGCAGCUCGGCAGCGCCCAGCGGCAAUAACAGCAGUACUGACAGCACCGGGCCCCCUGGCCUUGGAGACCCCGAGCCUUCCACCGCCGCGCUGGUCGAGCGAGCAGUAGCCAAAAUGCAAAGCGUGGAGCCUGGUGGCACCAGCACGGGAGCCGAGCUAGUGGAGAGGGCCGGUCCCGAAAAGGAUACGGAGUGCAAGGAGGAACUGCUGAAAGGUUACAGCUCGGAGAGCUUAGAGCAGAGCAGCGCCAUUCCCGACGCCAAGGACAAGACGCCGGGCAGGCAGCGCCGCUUCACGGGCGACUCGGGCAUCGAAGUCUGCGUAUGCAACCGGGGCCAUCACGACGAUGACCUCAAGGAGUUCGACGGGCUCAUCAACGAUGCUCUGGACGGGCCCCUGGACUUCUGUGACAGCUGCAGCGGCCGCCCGCACGGCGAUGAGGAGGAAGGGCUUUUUAAUGCCACGGAGGAGCAGCACCGCGAACACAGCCACCACCACCUGCCCCGGCAGCCGGUGUGUGUACUCUUGAACACAAUAAAUGAGCAGGACUCUCCAAACUCCCGCACCAACAGCUCCCCCAGCUAAGGAGGCAGAGCGGGAAGGAGAACCGGGGGAAAACGAAGAAAUAAGAGGAAUAAGCAGAUAGAAACUUUGAAAGGAGAAAAAGGUGAUACAGCCUUUUUUGUUCUUGGUUGUUUUUUCUUUCUCUUUUUCCCCCUCCAGUGUAAUUCGGGGACUCGUCCCGAAGGCCCGGCGUGUGGGGGACGGGCUGCUCUGGGUUUCGUUAAUCAUGUCCGUUCUGCUCCGUGGGGCAGGGACCGUUGUUUGUCAAUGAGACCUUCUCCCAAAUGGAACUUUCCCAAUGGUGAUUUUGGUGAUGGUUAUUACGAGUUUGUUGGUAUUAGUUUUCCAGAACACUGCUUUAUCUCGCAAUCAGUAAAGCUCAGCAAAUCUCACCCUGGGAGGAUACGAAAUCACCACAACGCUUCAACCUCCAGGUGUCUUCCCAGAAGCAAGCAGCUUCUGACAGUGCCGGCAGUCAGUAGCCCAAGAGUUCUGGUUUGCUGUAGUGCUCCUGAGGCAUUGGGGGUUUAUUUUCUUCUUUACUUUUUGGGUUUGUUUGGUGGGUUUUUUUUUUGUUGUUUUUUUUUUUCUUUCGGUGUUAAACUUUCCCAAAGCUGAUGAACGCCUCAACACAUCAGCCCUAUCAUCUCUGGUGCUUCAGUGUUUAAGACAGCAGGUAGGAAAUUUCCCACUCGAAGCUGGUGGCGGAAAGGCCGGUUUCUUCCAGGAGUGUUAUAGUCUACCACAAGCAGUCCGAAAGGAGAGGUUUUUCAGAAGUUUGCCUUUACGUGUAAUUUUCAAAGACAAGUGUAUUCCUUCAAUGCCUCCAAGAGCACAGCUAGAAGUAGAAUCAAGGCAGCUGGGCUGCCUUCCAAGUACUGUGGUCUCCGAAUGACCUUUUCCCGGUGUGCUGCAAAAGGGCUUGGCUUUAUUUUUCUCCUUAUUUUUGCACCCUGAGAGCAGCACACUCGAGUUAAGAUGACAAAAAAAAAAAAGAACAGGGCUCUCUUUGGCCAGUGUGCCUUCAAGCUUCAGCGAUGCAUGUUGAACAAAUGGAGACGAGAGCUCCGUCCAUUGCGAAGGGAUGACUUACCGUGUAGAUGUGGAACACCUGUGCAGUAUUUUUCUUUUGAUCCAAAAGUUUGGUGCGAUUCUGAUGUUGACCACUUAAAGAAAAUGAAUGUCUGUUUUCUUCUUUUAUUUUUUUUAAUAGUGGCAACUGGCUACUGUAUAAUGUCUGUGAGCGUGUGUGUGUGACUGCAAUCCAUGCAUGCGAGUCCUACUGGUAAUAUGAAAACCUGCUGUAAGACUGCAAGAAAAUUUACUGUAGCUUUGCUUUAAUAAACGGUAGAGAUUUUGUUAGUAACAACCUGAAGGGAAAAACAAAAUGAGCUGAAAACUAACAUUCCCUGGUGUGCUCGUGUGGAAGAGAGCACAAUUCAGACUGUGUAUCUCGUUCUCGGGUUACCUCCCCAUCCCUUUUAUAAUUAUGGUCGUCCAGAUCAUUACUAUUAUGGGGAAAGAAAUUGAAAACUGAACUCAGUCAUAUUCAGAUUUGAUUGAUUGAAAACCAAAAUCAGUUUCAAAUAAGGUGGAAACCAAAAUAUAAUGCCUUUUCUGAUAA